UCUACAACAGUAGAAAAAGGUUUGGAUUUUGUUCCCGGUCAGGUGUGCUUUGGAAUUAUAGGAGAGUUAGUUGUUGAUUUAGUUUUUGCAGUAGCUGGAGAUGAAAUCUUAUCAGGCUCGUCAGCCUUUGGGGACUGCGUAGUAGAGUCUUGUGGUGACGUCACGACGAAAAGUGGUUGUGGUGUAAAGAUAGUUUGCGAGAAAUCCUCUGGUGUACUUGAAGCUAAUUGCUCCAAUCAUUUUGUAAC